AUGGCUGACGUGCAACAAGGUGCGACUCCUGCGCCGCCAGGACGGACUCCUAACUUCGAAAAUCCGGAGGAUGUAUUGCAUACGAUCAACCUCGUCUCUCAGAUUCUUGCAGUGGUCACCGUCACGCCAAUUGUGUGUUUCAGGCUUUAUGUAGGUGUUGCCUUGUUUCGCUUCGCAACAGCUUUCACGAUGAACGCUUUUGGAGGGGGAUUCCACUCAUGGGAGAUAUCGCCACGUCAAUUCACGGAUUUUCUCAAGGCACUUUACGCGGACACUGUCGUUUACGGUCCCAACGCGUGGUUCGUCAAAGUAACGCUCCUACUCGUCAUGAUCCGCGUCUUUAACGUCAGCCGCGGCUUCGUCAUCUUCGGGUACUCCUUCAUUGCCGCCAUGCUGGGGUAUUACCUGCCUGUUAUGAUCAUCAAGAUAAAUAUAUGCCGACCGAUAAGGGGAUUCUGGGACUUAAAUGUGCCGUCUCAAUGCUUCAACCAGCGAGCUAUUUUUGUUGCUGAUACCGUCAUCAGCGCUGUUACGGAUCUGGUUGUUUUAUUAGCACCCGUUCCACUUGUUAGAGCGUUAAGAAUGCCUUGGAAGCAAAAGUUAAAGGUCUAUUUGCUUUUAGGGGCCGGCGGUGUGGCCACUGCAGCCAGUUUUGUUAGAAUGUAUUUGGUAAUCAUGCUUCAGAGGUCGGACGAUCAGACCGUGGACUUUGUCAGAUUUAAUCUGCUGGGAACCGCGGAAGUGAGCAUUGGCUUAAUUUGUGCCUGUCUCCCAACCUUGAACAGAUUCAUCAAGGGCAGGCAUCAACCUAUAGAACCAGUCCGACACCCGUGGCAAUUCGGAAUGAAGACGCCCAAGUUCCUACAGAGAACGAGGCGGAAGAAACAGGAUGAAGGACUGACAUGGACAACGCUGGAGCCUCUGUCCCGGACAUAUCAGUCCAAAACGACGCACACAGACUAUCGCAACAUAUCUGGGUCACAAGAAUAA